AUGAAAUACCAUGAAGGGACCAUCUAUUUCCUCAUCCUCGCUAUGCUCAAUUCCCUACAUCUUGCCUUCACAUUACUUUCAAUCGCUGUAGACGCGCUUCAAUCUCUAAGCGUAGUCUCAUUCUUCACAGCCCCGCUAUCUGCCAUCAUCAUGUCGCGCUUCCUCCUCCACCUACAAUCAGCGAGCCUAUGGGCCGUUGGCUCCAUGCCGUCCUCACAACUUUCGUCGCUGCACCCCGAUCGUUCUCUGGUAUUCGAACGGGUCGUCGGAUCCCUUGAAGCAUCGAUUGCCGCCGACGAUUACCUCACAGAGGACCACGACGACGGUGACAAUGUGGAGAGAGCUGAGGAGUCGACUCAGACAUCGAGGGAGUAG